AUGUCAUUCCCAAAUACUGAUUUAACAAUACAAUUCGCAUGCGUGUUUGUAGUAUUCCUGCUUUGGAUCGUCUCGCUGAUACCAGUAAGAAGAGCCCAAACUCUACAAUUCGAAGGCUAUAAUAAUUCUAAUCCGAGAGAGCAGUACAAUAAUUUGUCGGCAUGGGGUCGACGAGCUGUUAGUGCAUCAAACAACACUAUAGAAGCCUUGGUUUUCUUUUCUGCUGCAGUUUUCACUCGAGCCUUUUCACAGAUUUCCCAAUACGGCGGCACUUCUCCAACUGGAAAAGAUGGUACAGUUGCGACCGCAACUAGCGUUUUCUGCAUUAUUUAUGCUGUUAUUAGAGCGGAUUAUUGUAUCAAUUCCAUUUAA